UUGCAGUUCCAGUUCCACCUCUUCACUCUCUCUUUGUUCUAUUAGAUAUAUUAUAUUAUAUUCUCUACCUUUGAUAAAGGCGAAAGCAAGGAGUGAAUUUUUGAGAAGGGAGGAGAACAAGAAUGGCAGACCAACUCACCUUCAGGUUGCUCAAUAAGGGUAGCGAUGGUUGCAUCACUACCAAGGAGCUUCAGACUGUGAUGAGGUCGGUGGGCCUGAGCCCAAUUGAAGCAGAACUCCAGGACAUGAUCAAUAAGGUCGAUGCCGGUGGCGGCGACAUCAUGAACUUCGCUGUGUUCCUAAACCUCAUGGCCGAGAGGACAAAAGACAUCAACUCAGAUGGGGUACUUAAAGUGGCAUUUCGGGUCUUUGACAAGGAUCAAAAUGGGUUCAUCUCUGCUGCUGAGCUGCGCCAUGUGAUGACCAUUCUCGGGGAGAAGCCCACUGAUGAAGAAGUGGAUGAGAUGAUCAGGGAGGCAGAUGUUGAUGGUGAUGGCCAGAUAAGCUACGAGGAGUUUGUCCUGGUGAUGAUGGCUAAGUGAUCAUUCUGCCUCCAUCAAAAACCCUAAUGAAAAUAAUCUUUUUCUAUAACCCAAAAAAGAAAAGGAGGCAGGGUUGACAGUAUGUAAUGAACCUAGUUGUGAUUACAGUUGUAAUAAUGAAGAUGACAGAAAUGGAGGGAUUAUAGUUGUUGUUGGA